AUGGUUGCUGUUGCUAGUGCUGUUAACUUAUCUGCUCAAAUUAAUUGUAUACCUAUGCUUAAUGGGACAAACUUUAAGGCCUGGAAGGAAGCAAUUGAGAUAAUUCUUGGCUGCAUGGAUCUUGAUCUUGCAUUUCGGGCUGAGAAACCCACUCCAAAUCCGGAAAACCCGGAUGAGGAUAAGGGCUCUAUUUCUGAGAGCCACAAUGCUAAAGGUUUCCUUGAUGCCAUUGAGCAGUAUUUCACCAGUAAUGAGAAAGUUGAUGCAAGUAGUUUGCUUGCUAAACUUAUCUCUAUGAGAUACAAAGGUAAAGGAAACAUAAGGGAGUACAUUAUGGAAAUGUCUAAUCUCGCGGCAAAACUAAAAGCACUAGAGUUAGAGCUGUCUGAUGACUUGCUCGUGCAUCUAGUUUUGAUUUCUCUUCCUACACACUUUGGACAAUUCAAUGUGAGUUAUAAUACUCUGAAAGAUAAAUGGACCUUGAAUGAAUUGAUUUCUCACUGUGUGCAAGAGAAGGAAAGGCAGCAAAGAGAAAAGACUGAAAGUGCUCAUUUAACGUCAAACUCUCAGAAUAUGAAGAGAUCGAACGAAUAA